GAAGCCAUUCAGUUGCCACUUACAACAGUGCCAAGUCCAGAACUGAUGGGUAGAUAACCUUAUCACAGUGGAAGUGACCUUGACGUUUUUCACUAUGCCUGCCAAAUCCAAGAAAUCGAGGUCCCACAGUUCUAGGCCUGCCAAGAAGACUGGAAGUCCAAAAACACCCAAAAAGAGGUCUUCUAGUGCCAAGUCCACCAAGACAGAAGUGGACAUCCUCAGUCCAGCAGCCAUGGAGAAUGUCUACUACAUUUCUCAUAAUGCUGUGGACUGUCUGGAGUUCAGAGGCUUUGGGUGGCCAAAUUCGAAGAAAAAGGAGAAAAAGAAGGGAACAAAACGCAAGAAGAAAUAGUAAAUCAUAAUUUUUGCCAAAGCUGAGAAUUUUUUAAUUGUUAGGGUUAAAGUGAUAUUUACCUUUAAUCGCCGUGGUAAUGGCACCAUCUAGUGGACAAAUGUGUAAUAACAAACCAAUUAAAAGUGUAGUGCAGCACUAUGGAAACAUUUUGU